GUCAGUCGAGAUCUGUCAGACGAACCGGUAACAUGAAGACCUUCCUGCUCCUUCUUGCUGUGGCGGCGGCUGCUAACGCCCAGAGCGAGGCGUGGUGUCGGUGCGCGGCCUUCAUCACCUACAACCGCAACGAGAUGAUGGUCCACGAGGCGCCGGAGAUCCCCAUUAACUCCUGCGAUGACGCCAACCAGUGCAAGCAGAAGUGUGUCGCUGAGAUUAACGAGGUGAGCUAUGACGGGGAUCUGUGGCACAUGCUAGAGGAUGGGUACACUGUGGGCCAGCAUGUCUGUACCGAGCUGGCUGACAGAUUCGUCUUCUUCGUCGUGGGACACAAGGUGUACGGGUACUACGAGGUGUGCGGCGGUGCGUGGCAGUACACAGGUGUUGCAAGCACCACCAAGCUGUGCUGCAAUGGUGGCCAACACUCUCACUGCCUGGACUAGACUUAACAACACCAACACCACCUCCACCGCUACCACCCUGACAUUACCAGCUGACCAUACCCCUUCCCCUCCUACCCCACCCCUUCUCUCUCUCUAUCUCCCUCCCCCCCCUCUUUCAACACCGCUGACUCCUUAUAAGGGAUUCUAACAAGGAUUAAUUUGGUGUGUUCUAUUUAAUCAUUUUUAUUUAUCGUAUUUAUUUCUUUAUAUUUCUGUGUUAUAGUUUUGAGUGUUUUACUGAAAUGUUACUGGUUUUUCAUUAUCUAUCGCUCAGAUGUUGAAAUAGACGUAACAUUUUGGUUUUCUGGACGCUCAUUUGACACCGGCAAUGCGGAAAUAUUAACAUAACAUUAUUUUCAUUAUUUUUCUAAGUCAAAUGAGUGUUUAUACAAUUGGAAACUCUUAAAUAUUAGCGUUUUUUCAUAUUUUAACACUCAUUUAAGCACGAAAUGUUAAGAAACAGCAAUUAUUUUAUCUUUCUGAGUCAAAUGAGUGUUUAUAUCAUUGAAAACCAUUAAUAUUAGCUCAGUUUCAUAAUUCAACGCUCAUUUACUCACGAAAUAUUAAGAAAACACCACUACUCCAUUUUUCUGAGUCAAAUGAGUGUUGGUAAUAAAGAAAAAGCUGAUAUUUUAAUACUUUUCUAUAUUUAAACUCUCAUUUGACUGUCAGAAGAGCAAGAUCAACAACAUGUCAACCACCAUCGCUGUCCAUUUAUGUCUGUGUUUCAAAGCAAUAAAGAAAAA